GACUGUAACACAUAUUACCAGAAUACAGACGCUAUCACUCAAACCUAAAUAUGGCAGCAAACUUCACUAUUUUCAGUGUUCUUGUAGCACUCCUUCAGUCACAUUUCCUGAUUGUAUCUCCCUGCAUGUCUUGCAUCAGUCCAUGGACAAGUUUUGGGAAUCAUUGCUACCUUCUUGUGACGAAUGAGAAGACCUUUGAUGAAGCUGAACAGAACUGUCAAAGUAUGUCACGCCUUGGCAGACCAUCUCAUCUGGCAUCCAUUUUGAGCCAAGAGGAACAAGACUUCCUCGUCCUGCUUAUCAAAUCUGUGUACGGAGAAAGCGGCAAGAUGACCUGGUUUGGCUACCGUCGAGACCGAUCCAGUGACCCGUCAACUUGGCGCUUCAGCGACGGCAGCCCUUCCCUGGGCUACACCAACUGGAGCAGUAACCAACCCGACGGGGAUGGAGACUGUGUGCAUAUCCGAGAUAUCACUUUUAACUUCUUGUGGAAUGACUUAGUUUGUUCCUACACCUUGAGUUCCAUCUGUAAGAGACCAGCCAGGUUCUGAGCAGAACUGUGAUUAAAGAGUAAUUACAACACGCUAUGUAAUAGCGCCCAUGGGUGGUACAGCGUCUUAUGGGAGAGGCACAAACAACUUUGUUACAUUCUUAAAUACAAACUCAAAUCAGCAACAAUAUUGAGGUGUACAAAAAAGGGUAUUAUCUAUCUGUGAGGAAACAAAAAAGCAACAUACCAACAACAGAAUUGUAAGCUCAACCAAGUCUACUUAAGCACCUAAUGACAGACCAGUUUUAACUGCAAUUAUGGCAUCAUCAAUAUUCACAGUAUCUCCACAGUUCCUUCGAUCACAUUAUUUUGCUGAUUGUAUCUCCCUGCAUGUCCUGCAUCAGUCCAUGGACAAGUUUUGGGAAUCAUUGCUACCUUCUCGUGACGGAUGCCAAGACCUUUGAUGAAGCUGAACAGUACUGUCAGAGUUUGACACACCUUGGCAGACCAUCUCAUCUGGCGUCCAUUAUGAGCCAAGAGGAAAAUGACUUCCUUGUCAAACUUGCCACACCAAUGAACGGAGGAAUGCAUCACAAGAUAUGAAUUGGCUACAUGCAUUCUCAACCACGGGUUUCUUCGCCUGGAUUGACGGUAGCCGUUCCUGGAACUACAUGUACAUCAACUGGGCCCUGACUGAACCAAACUGCCCAACUGAUAUGUAGAAUCGCAUCAAGAUGUACCAAAAUUCAUUGUGGAAUGAUACACCUUGCACCGACCCAAAGUGAUUGCAACAUACCUGAAAGAUUCUCAGCUAAAAUGUGAUGAAGGAUUUUGAAGAAGUUUCACCUCAUGUAAACAUGAACAGACUACAUAUAAGCAGCAACUUAGGCCUAUACCACAAUGAUAAAGACACUGGACACUAAAGGUAAUU